AUGAGGAACAACCUGCUCACUCUGAAGUCCUCCUACAAAAUGAAUGGGUGUUGCACCAUCGAAGAGCCUCCCAGUCCUUUAGCCCCCAGCCCCCAUCCGGUCUCCAGUCCCCCCAUCUCCCCCACUCCCCAGCCCCCAUCCAGUCUCCAGCCCCCCAUCUCCCCCACUCCCCAGCACCCCAUCCGGUCUCCAGUCCCCCAUCUCCCCCACUCCCUAGCCCCCCAUCCAGUCUCCAACCCCCAUCUCCCCCACUCCCCAGCACCCCAUCCGGUCUCCAGUCCCCCCAUCUCCCCCACUCCCCAGCCCCCAUCCAGUCUCCAGCCCCCAUCUCCCCCACUCCCCAGCACCCCAUCCGGUCUCCAGUCCCCCCAUCUCCCCCACUCCCUAGCAUCCCAGCCCUUUAGCCCCCAGCCCCCAUCCGGUCUCCAGUCCCCCCAUCUCCCACACUCCCUAGCCUCCCAGCCCUUCAGCUCCAGCCCCCAUCCGGUCUCCAGUCCCUCCAUCUCCCCCACUCCCCAGCCCCCCAUCCAGUCUCCAGCCCCCCAUCUCCCCCACUCCCCAGCCCCCCAUCCGGUCUCCACCUCCCAGCCCUUUAGCCCCCAGCCCCCAUCCGGUCUCCAGUCCCCCCAUAUCCCCCACUCCCUAGCCUCCCAGCCCUUCAGCUCCAGCCCCCAUCCGGUCUCCAGUCCCCCCAUCUCCCCCACUCCCCAGCUCCCCAUCCAGUCCUCAGCCCCCAUCUCCCCCACUCCCCAGCCCCCCAUCCGGUCUCCACAUCCCAGCCCUUUAGCCCCCAGCCCCCCAUCCGGUCUCCAGUCCCCCCAUCUCCCACACUCCCUAGCCUCCCAGCCCUUCAGCUCCAGCCCCCAUCCGCAUCCUAGCCCUUUAGCCCCCAGCUUCCCAUCUGGUCUCCAGUCCCCCCAUCUCCCCCACUCCCUAGCCUCCCAGUCCUUUAGCCCCCAGCCCCCAUCCGGUCUCCAGUCCCCCCAUCUCCCCCACUCCCCAGCCCCCAUCCAGUCUCCAGCCCCCAUCUCCCCCACUCCCCAGCACCCCAUCCGGUCUCCAGUCCCCCAUCUCCCCCACUCCCUAGCCCCCCAUCCAGUCUCCAACCCCCAUCUCCCCCACUCCCCAGCACCCCAUCCGCAUCCCAGCCCUUUAGCCCCCAGCCCCCCAUCCGGUCUCCAGUCCCCCCAUCUCCCACACUCCCUAGCCUCCCAGCCCUUCAGCUCCAGCCCCCAUCCGGUCUCCAGUCCCUCCAUCUCCCCCACUCCCCAGCCCCCCAUCCAGUCUCCAGCCCCCAUCUCCCCCACUCCCCAGCCCCCAUCCGCCUCCCAGCCCUUUAGCCCCCAGCCCCCAUCCGGUCUCCAGUCCCCCCAUAUCCCCCACUCCCUAGCCUCCCAGCCCUUCAGCUCCAGCCCCCAUCCGGUCUCCAGUCCCCCCAUCUCCCCCACUCCCCAGCUCCCCAUCCAGUCCUCAGCCCCCAUCUCCCCCACUCCCCAGCCCCCAUCCGGUCUCCAUCCCCCCAUCUCCCCCACUACCCAGCCCUUCAGCCCCCUUCCAGUCUCCAGCCCCCCAUCUACCCACUCCACAGCCCUUCAGCCCCCAGCCCCCCAUCUGGUCUCCAGUCCCCCCAUCUCCCCCACUACCCAGCCCUUCAGCCCCCUUCCAGUCUACAGCCCCCCCCAUCUCCCCACUCCCCAGCCUUUCAGCCCCCAGCCCCCAUCUGGUCUCCAGUCCCCCCAUCUCCCCACUACCCAGCCCUUCAGCCUCCCUUCCAGUCUCCAGCCCCCCAUCUCCCCACGCCCCAGCCCUUCAGCCCCCAGCCCCCAUCUGGUCUCCAGUCCCCCCAUCUCGCCCACUACCCAGCCCUUCAGCCCCCAUCCAGUCUCCAGCCCCCCCAUCUCCCCACUCCCCAGCCCUUCAGCCCCCAUUCCAGUCUCCAGCCCCCCAUCUCCCCACUACCCAGCCCUUCAGCCCCCCAGCCCCCCAUCUGGUCUCCAGUCCCCCAUCUCCCCCACUACCCAGCCCCCAUCUGGUCUCCAGUCCCCCCAUCUCCCCCACUACCCAGCCCUUCAGCCCCCUUCCAGUCUCCAGUCCCCACUCCCCAGCCCUUCAGCCCCCAGCCCCCAUCUGGUCUCCAGUCCCCCCAUCUCCCCCACUACCCAGCCCUUCAGCCCCCAUCCAGUUUCCAGCCCCCCAUCUCCCCACUCCCCAGCCCUUCAGCCCCCCAGCCCCCAUCUGUCCCCCCAUCUCCCCCACUACCCAGCCCUUCAGCCCCCCAUCCAGUCUCCAGCCCCCCCAUCUCCCCACUCCCCAGCCCUUCAGCCCCCCAGCCCCCAUCUGGUCUCCAGUCCCCCCAUCUCCCCCACUACCCAGCCCUUCAGCCCCCAUCCAGUCUCCAGCCCCCCAUCUCCCCACUCCCCAGCCUAA